UCCUCUUUUCUUGUGCCCGAAGGUCGUCGAGGUCGAGUCGCUGCGUCCGGGAGCAGUUGGUUGGAUUUUAGAGAAAUUAGUUCAGGAAAUCACAUACCUUUUCAACAACAAUUAUGUUCUCCAGGCUCGCUCGUCCGCAGCAGGCUGCUGCCUUGAAGGCGAUCUCACGAAACUUCUCAGUUUCUAGCCAGAAUCAGCACAAGGUGGCGGUGAUGGGCGCCAGCGGCGGCAUCGGCCAGCCGCUGUCACUGCUGAUGAAGCAGGCGCCGCAGGUGUCGCAGCUCUCUCUGUACGACAUCGUGCACACGCCGGGCGUGGCGGCCGACCUCGGCCACAUCGAAAGCCCAGCCAAGGUCACUGGCUAUGUGGGGCCUGACCAGCUCAAGGCCUCGCUGGAGGGCUGCGAGGUGGUGGUGAUCCCCGCCGGCGUGCCGCGCAAGCCGGGCAUGACGCGCGACGACCUCUUCAACACCAACGCCUCGAUCGUGCGCGACCUGUGCCGUGCCGCCGCCGAGGUCUGCCCCAAGGCGUUCAUCGCUAUCAUCUCCAAUCCGGUGAACAGCACGGUGCCGAUCGCCUCUGAGGUGUACAAGCAGGCGGGCGUGUACGACCCCAGCCGCAUCUUCGGCGUCACCACGCUGGACAUCGUGCGCGCCAACGCCUUCAUCGGCGAGCUGAAGGGUGUUGACCCGCGCGAGGUCAACUGCCCGGUGAUCGGCGGUCACGCGGGCAUCACCAUCAUCCCGGUCAUCUCUCAGUGCACGCCGGCCGUCCAGUUCCCGGCCGACCAGCUGAAGGCGCUGACGGAGCGCAUCCAGGACGCCGGCACGGAGGUAGUGAAGGCCAAGGCGGGCGCCGGCUCUGCCACCCUCUCGAUGGCGUACGCCGGCGCCCGGUUCGCCGUCUCACUGCUGCGCGCAAUGGACGGCGAGCAGGGCGUGGUCGAGUGCUCGUACGUGCGCUCGGACGUCACCGAGAGCCCCUACUUCUCCACGCCGUGUCUGCUCGGGAAAAACGGUCUGGAGAAGAACCUGGGCAUGGGCACGUUGUCAGAGUUCGAGUCGGACCUCGUGAAGAAGGCGCUGCCCGAGCUGCUGGCAUCCAUCAAGAAGGGCGAGGACUUCGCCGCCAAGAAGUGAUCAGGCCCACACAGGUCAACUGGAGGGCGGUUGAAUGUCAGGACAGUCGUUGUUACGUUCGUGAAGUGGAUGGCGUAAGCGGCUCACAAACGCCGCUUUUAAUAGCAGGGUUUUAUCGGUCUUUUUAGCUGGAGGCUUUGCCGCCGCCCCGGUUGUGAUUCAGCCGGCAUGAGCUCCGUGUCGUCAGCGUUUCCGGACUUAUAAUACAUCCUCACUGGGUGCCGAUGCGUACCCACACCGCAACGCC